GCAAUUUUUUAGAGGGAGUAAAUCCAUUGUACACUCGAGCGGGAAUUCGACUCGGAAAUCGCAUGUCCCAUCUGGGAACAAACCUGUCUCUGCAUUCUCAUUUUUGUACUUCCUCUCUCUAACAACGUUAUCUUUCUCUCUCUAAACGUGGAAAUGGAGGAAACCCUUGGGGAAGAAGUUGGGAACUAUGGUGGUACAGAGAUAGCCCCCGCUCUUAUAGCAGUGCAUCCAAACGAAGAGUCCAUUGUAGUAGCAGUCGGUCCUGAGCUCCGAGUUUAUGAUUUUAAAGGAGAUUGUCCAAUUACUUUGCAGGAUGCCACUGAUAGCCCUUCUCAUAUAGAUGCUCUUAGAGCAAUUUGCUUCGGUGCAAAAGGGAGGUUUUUUGUCUCUGCAGGUGAUGACAAACGGGUCAAGGUUUGGAGCACAAAUUCUUGGCAUUGUAUGACAACUGUGUAUGCUGAAAAGAGAGUAAGCGCUGCUGCUUUCAGCCAUGAUGGGAGGUUUCUUACUUUUGCAGACAAGUUUGGAGUUGUGUGGAUUGCCUCUAUAGAAAUUACUGAGGAAGGUCAUGUUUCACAUACAAAGACUGCCACACUUCUUGGUCACUACUGUAGCAUCAUCACGGGCCUGGAAUUCUCUCCCGAUGGAAAGUUAAUUGCCAGCGCGGAUCGUGAUUUUAAAAUUCGUGUCAGUGUAUUUCCUAGAUGCCCUCUAAAUGGUGCUUAUGAAAUACAGAGCUUCUGCCUUGGGCAUACAGACUUUGUAUCAUGCAUCACCUUCAUUUGCUCUUCAGAUAGCAAUAAGGCCUUUCUUAUAUCUGGAAGUGGUGAUUCAACUGUUCGCCUCUGGGAUCCCAUUUCCGGAAACCUUCUCGACACCUGUGAAAUUGGCUUAAAGGUGGGGCGAGUGGGUUCUAGUGGAGAUGAGGAGGCUUGUCAUCCUGCAGUAACAGAUUUAUGUGCAUCACCAGAUGGUUCAUUGGUUGCAGUUGGAGUGCAAAGUUUGCGUGGAGUGAUGCUUUUGAGCUGUGACCAUCACAAAGAAUAUCUCCUGGUCAUCAAGACCGUAACUACUUCCACGAUUUUCACUCCCACUUGCCUCAGCAUGGGUCACCCUACAAAGCAAAUUUGGAUGGUUGCUGGAGCAUCCGAUUUUUCGUCUGAAAAUGGCCCGAGUGUAGCCAAAGCCACCGGAAAACCCAUUGUGUUUGUGAGCAUAAAGGUGGUUAGUAUAUCAGAAAAUAGGGAAGUAGCAAUUGUUUUGGAGGGAAAAGGCAUGGCAGGUGGAGAGAAGCUGCUAAACUGUUUGCAGGGUGAGAUUGGUGUUGGUGAGGAGGCUGCUUUGGCUGCAGAGGCUGCAAAUGCUGCCCUGAGAAACCUGCUAAUAAAGAGGCAGUAUCCCGUGGAAAAGCGAGAGCUUAGGAAAAGGAAUCGGAAUGAUAAUAAGGUCAAGAAGCGUUGAGAGAGAGAGAGACUUUUUGGUUUUUGCUGCCAACUUCUCAAUUUAGAAAGAUUUUCAGGUAAGAUAGGUGACAGCAUUGGUAUUUUCAAUAGGUUUCUCCUACCGCCAUAGCAGUUCACCAUGUAUGCAUUAUGUUCUGUAAACCAUUUUGUUGCCGAGUGUAGCUUUUUAUUCAGACUUAAAGAUUGAGAAACAAUCAAUCGGUUGGAGAGCCUUAAGCUUUGGCUGUUAUUGGAUACAACUAAUUGCUUUAUUAUAUUUCGUUUGGUGGAGGACUGCACCACUUGAAAUUUGUAUUUAAUAACGUUUUCCCUGAUUUCAGUUUUAUUUUAGACCGA